AUGUUACCUGGAGGUAAAAUUAUCACCGCUGCUCUAGUGACGCUGUCGAUCGUUGUAGUAUCAGUAAGUUUUAUUAGGCUAAAGACCGAUGAAUCACUAUUAAGUAUAACCACGAGGAAGAUCCCAUUUUUUGCAUCUCCAUCUGCCUCCUUUUCUGUUAAGACCUCGGAUUCUAUAACUUGGGAUAACUAUAAAGACUUCAUGGAGCCUAUUGAUUUGGAAAAUAGUACUGCUAUUUUCAACUCCAUAUACGCCGCAUUAAGACAGGCUGGUUCUGAUAUUCAUCCAUUGGGUGUAUCCUAUUUCCCAGCUGUAAUCCCAAAAGGAACUUUGAUGUAUCAUGCUGGUGCUCCAGAGAUUCCCGAAUCAUUUGAAUGGUUAGCUAUGGAUCAUGAAUUUAGUUUCACGUUCGGGGUAAGAUCCCAAAAAUAUGGUAGAAAUGCAACGGGAGGUGACAAAUUUCCAGGAUUUGGCCCUGGCAAAGACGGUCCUUCGGGAAAUAAGCCACCAGGAGGUCUUCCAGGUGGUGGUCAGCGAAGAGGUAAAAACGGUCCAACGGGGAAUCGUCAAAGUAAGAAUAAUUUCUUAACUUUCAGAGCUACUAAAGAUCUGAACAGGUUUCUGUACUUAGAUGGUGCUUCAGCAGCCAAGACAAGUUCUGGUGAAAUGGAUACACAAAAAAUGUUGUCUGACGUCAUCAACUGGAAACUUGGUAUUAAUGAUUCAGAUGUUGAUUCAUACCACAUGAUAGAGAGAAUGUAUGCAGCUAGAAUAUGUGAGUGGGGUAGACCCUUUGGACUAGAUGGUAUUAUAAGAGUUGAAGUUGGGUUUGAAGUAGUCCUCUGUGAUUUCAACAAUGGCGCUACCGAACUAGUCUCUAAUGUGAACAUUCCUAGUCCAAAUUCUGCACUAGGAUUACCUGCUCCUGCUAACGUUACAAAAGAGAACGGAUGGCCACUUGAUGACAAUGGGAAGAUUAUCGAGGAAGAACUAACAGAUGAACAAAGAGAUAUUAUGGAUCAGGAGGAUUUCUGGCAAGAGACCUUAUCUCAGUAUACCUCAAUGCAAGGAUUUGAUCAAAUACGUGCAGGCUUUGUCCAUGAUAAACGUGAUAAGAGAGUUGAACUUGAUUAUAGAUACCUUAUUACCGGUAUCAAUCGUACUUAUAUCAAUCCAGAUGCGAACAACAGAAGACUUUUGAAUGAUGAUAUGACAUGGGAAAAACAACUUGAAAUUGUGAAUGACCUUGAAGAAGUUAUUUCAUAUGGAUUCGACGCUAGAAAAAGUAUUGAUUGGCAACAAGUGGAAGAUGAAAUUGUUGAUAAGUUUGCUCCAAUGUUAAAGAUGAUGCAUAAGUUUUUGAACAGUGAUUCUGAAACAGAAGAAGGAGAGCUAUCGCUAUCGGAUAUAGCAUUACAGGUCACCAGAUACACAUUAAAUUUUGUGUUAAGAUUCACUACAGUUGAGAGCAACGACGAAGAAAGCUCCUCUUCCCUUAAAACAUUUGGAUCUGGAAGACAGUUUGCUAUAUUCGAGUAUGCUAAGCCACUUAGCGUAUUAGAGACGCCAUCAGAUUACUUAAUUUGGUCUGCAAAUGUUCGCGUGGUGGAAGCAAUUGUCGAUACUAUAUAUGACAUUCAUGAAUUACUUCUACCCAUUGUUAAAAAUAAUUUAUUUGAUAAAGAAGCUGAAGAAGGAUAUGAGGAAAGUGCUAUUGAGUCAUCUCGUUCCAAGAUCAAUGCAUUAGUAAAACAAUUAGAUUGGAUUGCAUUCGAUUACAAAUGUGACCGUGCUUGUAAUUGGGAUGAAGUAUGUUACACACCUUCGUGGGGUCCUUCACCAUUAGCGCGUAUGGGAGAUCCAAACAGCUCCGAAGACUCAAAAUUUGGAUUCCACUACGAUAAUGAGAGGGGCAGACAAGUAAUAAACAAGACGUUGAAAUGUAUUAGUGCUGAUUACUUGAUCAAUAAUAGGAAAUGA